AGAAUACAUUCACCACCGUCACGACCAUGAUCCACGCUGCGACGCAUCCCCCCCGCCCGAUCAAGUCUCACACACAACAACUAGUGCCGCAAACAUUCAUGACCGACGAUGAAGGACUGCUAAUUGAAAGCAGCAGUGGGGAAUCCGAAGAAGGAGCACCGGGGAAGACCCAGAAUACGUGCAAGUGCGCCGUCGAACAGCCCAUGGGUAGUCCGACCUACUAUAUCAUAACAUUUCACAUUAAUGGUGACAAACACAGGCUCCGAGAGCGCUUCUCCAACAUAUACAAUUUUUACACCGCCUUAAAAAAGGAAAAUCUAGCAAUCUUAUACCGAUUCGAAUUCGCGCCCAAAGUGUGGGGCGCCAAGAAGUACUCGUACCCCGUAAUCCAGCACCGCAAAGCAAAGAUAGCCGAGUUUGUAACUCGCUUGAUAGACUCCGACACCUGCCUGACACUGCCGAGUGUGCGAACUGCCCUUGGACUAGUAUAAAUCAAUUCUGAAAGAAAUAAAAAUACAAGUGAACAACUGA